AUGCUGAACACCGUACGAACGCCACCGGCUACGGCUCGCCCACGCAGUCAUAGUGGAACAAAGCGUUCUCUACCUUUGGACAAGGCAGAUUUCGAAGAACCGUACAAGAAUUCUCUCCCUCGCAUCGAUCCUCCACCACUCGGAACGUCUUCGAUAGAUUCGCCUCCCCCAAGCGACUCAACAAAAGCCCCGCGGAGCUCUGCUAUAUUUCCUUCGUUCCGUAGCGUAUCGGCGUGCAACCGCUGCCGCAAUCGCAAGAACCGAUGCGACCAACGACUUCCACGCUGCCACUUGUGCGAGAAGGCGGGGGUGCAUUGUGUGGGGUUCGAUCCGAUAACAAAACGCGAGGUCCCAAGAAGUUAUGUAUUCUUUCUUGAGUCACGGAUCAUAUACUUGGAAAGACUUCUCAAUGAGAACGGAAUCGAGUUUGCGCCUCCCGCGCCUCAUGAAGGCGAAUUGCGAACGGAUAUGGAAGAGAGCUAUCCGCCGACAGUGGCAUCCAACACUGCCGAGGACACGCUGCUAGAGAAGCGAUCUGGAUCACAAUCACCUGAAGCGGCCAGAAAGCAUGCCAAUAUUAACUAUAAGAACGAAGUCAGCCAGGAUCAGGCAAAAAAAAUAUCGUCGCAUUCCCAAGUUUCACGGGCUCGUACCUCCGACAGAAUAACAGCUCAUAUACAGACGAGAGCGGACUUCGAUAAAGGAAUGGAUAACCUAGUCUCAAAUAUUGUCAUGGUUCCUGUUCAAGGAAUGUCGGAUUCAAGAUAUCUUGGUUCCACGUCUGGUAUUUCUUUUGCUCGAGUGGUAUUCGCGGCCGUACGAAGCUCCGUCCCGUCAAGUACGUCAGAGCGCGGUACGAUGCUCCCAAGCUCGAGAUCCGCUAUGGAACACACUGGAAGUUCGAUGAGGGAUUCCUUUUUCGGGUUGCAGGUUAAGCCAUCCAUCACUCCAGCCCAAUUUCCCGACUCUAAACUUGCCCGACACCUAGUGGACCUUUACUUUGAGUAUGCCAACCCCCAGGCCCCUAUCCUUCACAGGGAAGAGUUCAUGGACCUGCUCCAACGCGUAUAUUCUACGGAGAAGAGAAGCCAACUGCCCCGUGACUUAUAUCUUUUGAAUAUUGUUUGCGCAAUUGGGGCCGGCAUUAUAUUCGGUGUCAAGAAAGAUGCUACACGUCAGCAAACAGAAAAUAAUAGUAGAGAUGAUGGAUCGCCUUCAGAACCCUAUACGAACCUACCAGCUCAAUCUGGUCGCGAAUAUCAACCAGAGGAGUACCAUGCGUCUGCGAUUGUACAUCUCGAAGCUUGUCUCAGCUCUUCGGCCACUGAUGGAUUUGGCGGUGGCCUUGAAGAAUUGCAGGCUGUGUUGUUGCUUGCGAGCUUUGCACUUCUUCGCCCCGUUGCUCCUGGUCUAUGGUAUAUAGUUGGGGUAGCAGUGCGAUUGGCCGUUGACCUCGGCUUACACCAUGAAGAUGGCACCGAGCUAGAUUUUGUCGAUGAAAGUGUAACAUCUUGUCAUGGUUCUAGGCGUGAAAGCUUGAAAAGCUCGAAAGGACAGGGGGUUGAGGGCUCUAUCGAGAGACCAACUGUUCAUGCACGAGAGCGUGGGCGACGCGAAUGGGUUCGGGAUCUUCGUCGUCGGCUAUGGUGGAGCGUAUACUCUUUUGACCGCCUUGUGAGCACUUGUGUUGGUCGCCCGUUUGGAAUUACAGACCAAGUUAUCACAACGGAGUUUCCUUCUCUUCUUGAUGACAAGUAUAUUACAAAAAGUGGAUUUUUGAAUCCUCCUGCUGGAGAAAUCGCCAGUUAUAAGCAUGUUGCACAUCACUAUCUCAAGUUCCGUCUACUACAGUCUGAAAUCCAGCAGGUGCUUCAAUAUCAACACGCACAUCUGGCGAGGAAAUCGAGCAAAUGCCACAAUGAGGCAUUCAUACCAAUGAAACUUCCUUCGCCAUUUUUGCAAAGGUUUGAUUCAUUUCGUCUAUGGCGACGCGAUGUCCAUCGCAGACUAGAUGAUUGGAUUCGAUUUGCACCAACACCCGGGGAAAUCGGAGUACAAUUCUCUGUUGAAUUUUUUGAGCUCAACUACUGGCAAGCUUUAAUGAUACUCUACAGACAAGGUCUAACUGUCCCUGCUGCUCUUGCAGCGGAUCUCACCAAAACUGAGCAUGUCAUGAGUCCAUCGCUCGCGGGUUUUGAGAAUAGUGAGGACGAAGAUGAAAUCUAUAUCAAAGUUGCUGAAGCGGGACAAAAAACGCUACGGUUGUAUCGUCAGCUUCAUCGAGUUCGACUUGUUAACUACACAUAUCUUGCAACACAUCAUCUUUUCAUGGCAGGCGUUUCGUUUUUAUAUGCUAUUUGGCAUUCACCUACUGUCCGGAACCGUCUAACCCUCGAUGAAGUUGAUUUCACCGUACUUGGUGCGGUUUCAGUUUUGGAAGAUCUUAUGGAGAAGUGUCCUCCCGCCGAAGCCUGUCGGGACGCUUUUGAGAGAAUGAGUAAAGCGACGGUUCAGAUGUGCUUAUCAACGACUGGAUUUGGUCCGCAAUCUGGGCCCCUUGGGGAGCUAUCUGAUGCCGGGACAAAAGAAGGUGGCCUAUCGAAUAUCGAAUACCAACAAACCCCCGAUACAUCGACUAAAUCAUCAGAUCCUCGACAGACAAGCUUUGAUCCAAGAGCAAAUCAUGCGUACCACGACGUUAAGCACGAACUGUCCCCGGUACCCAACCAUCUAGCUACUACAUGUGCCGCCGAAUAUAAUGAGCAUCAUAGUCUUCGCCAGCAUUCUUCACAGCCUACACAUAUUCGGCAUUCAACCACGUUUUCCAACACCCAACCGCCUAUAUUCAAAAGCCCACCCUCAAACCAUACUCAUCAGCCGCAUCACCCCUAUACCCCACUUACACCUCAAUCUUCUCAGCACAUAUACAGUGCUCAUCCGCAGACUACCCUCCCCCAUCAACAGAGCCAUAUGUACUCUUUUCCCCCCGACCUUGAUUUCCUUAAUCUCCCCCCACGACUUGAUCACACUAGAUUCUAUUCUGCCAGCGGCGCAGAAAACUGCAGCGACCCGGACCUUGACACCUUCUCAAUUCCCUCACCUUUUGAACAAGGAGGUAUACAAUCCGACGCGGGUGUCGACUUAGGCUUUGGUAUGACAGUUGGUUUGCAAAACGAUUGGAGCCAGGGCUCCGGCUAUGACCUCUUUGGUGGAUUCUUCUUUGGAAAUGGCGUUGGAGGCAGUUAG